CUCAUUUUAUAUAACCCUCCAAUCUCAAAAUCCAAAAAAUUCACAAACAAUCAAAAACCACAAAAACAACACUCCACUCUCAGUUUCAACUUAUGGCUUCUUCUUCACAACAAGAACAUGACCAAUCAGCUUUAGAUCUCAUAACUCAACACCUCCUUACCGAUUUCCCUUCUAUAGAGACCUUCGUCUCAAGCAUCAACCACUGCACCUCCUCAACUCUAAGCCAACGCAAGCCACCUCUUGCCACCAUCGCAGUUCCUACUACUUCACCACCGGUGGUGGCUCAAGAGGAUGAUCAAAGGCAUUACAGAGGCGUGAGGAGAAGACCGUGGGGUAAGUACGCAGCUGAGAUCAGAGACCCAAACAAGAAAGGUGUUCGUGUAUGGUUAGGUACUUUUGACACAGCCGUGGAAGCUGCAAGAAGUUACGACAAGGCUGCUUUUAAACUACGAGGAAGCAAAGCCAUUCUUAACUUCCCACUCGAAGCAGGCAAGCACGAGGACUUUGGAGACGAUGGCAACAACAACAACAACAAGACUGUGCCUUUGAAAGCUAAGAGGAAGAGACAAGUAAUGGAUGAAGAAAGCCAUGAGAGCAGCCAUAAAGCUGUGAAAAGGGAAGAGACGGAAGCUCAGGGUGAGGCUUGUCCGUUAACGCCGUCAAAUUGGAUGGGGUUUUGGGACGGAGUAGACGGUAAUGGGAUGAGACUAUUCUCUGUGCCUCCGUUAUCUCCUUAUCCAUCUCUUGGACACUCUCAACUCGUGGUUAAGUAAGCUUCUGGGGUCAUAUGGGGAAAAUUCCAACAUUAGGUGACAUCAGCAACUUUGGAUUAUAUAAUAUAUCAUCCACAAGAAAAGCCCAAAGAAGACAAUAAUGACAAAACUUGUUAAUCUUAAGGAUUGUAUUCAAUAAACCUCAUGGAAUGAGUUAGCUUCUAGAUUGGUUGAUUGUAAAUACUUUGCUAUAUUCAUUCAUUCUUUUUGAAUGCAAAUUAUCUCUACUAAAGAGAAUGAUAGUUUUUUUAUAGAACAAAGA